AUGCCAGACAACAAGCACUGUAACUUUGCCGGCUAUAAUUGUGGUCAGUGUAAGUUCGGUUGGACUGGUCCAAACUGUGACCAGAGAAAAACUCCUGUGCUGAGGAAGAACAUCCACUCCCUUACCAGCGGGGAAAUUCAGGAGUUCYUGGAUGUUCUGGAUCUGGCUAAGAACACCAUCCAUCCAGACUACAUGAUUGCCACACAGCACUGGCUGGGUUUGCUGGGACCAAACGGGACAGAGCCACAGUUUGCCAACAUUUCCAUUUAUGACUUCUUCGUCUGGCAGCAUUACUACUCAGUCAGAGACACUCUCUUAGGUCCUGGUCGCCCUUUCAGAGCCAUAGACUUCUCACACAAAGGUCCAGCAUUCAUUACCUGGCACAGGUACCACCUUCUGAGCUUGGAAAGAGAGCUUCAGAGACUGACAGGCAAUGAGGACUUUGCAAUUCCUUACUGGAACUUUGCCACAGGACARAGUGAGUGUGAUGUGUGUACAGACUCUCUGCUUGGAGGCAGGAACCCAGACAACCCCUUCCUCAUCAGCAACCAGUCCAGAUUCUCCAGAUGGGGGGUGGUGUGCAACAGUUUGGAUGAUUAUAACCGUCUAGUGACUCUUUGCAAUGGCACGAAUGAGGGUUUUAUUCAGAGAGGAAUGGAGAGGAGAACCAACAUGUCUCUACCCACCAUGAGUGAUGUCAGAAGCUGUUUAGGAAUCAGAGAGUUUGACAGUCCUCCAUAUUUCACCAACUCCUCCUCCAGCUUCAGAAAUGCACUUGAAGGGUACGAAAAGCCAGAUGGCGAACUGGAUGAUACGGUCGACAACCUUCACAACCUCGUUCACGCUAUGCUCAAUGGAACCAGCUCUUUGUCCCACUCUGCAGCCAAUGAUCCCAUCUUCCUGGUGCUCCAUUCUUUCACCGAUGCCAUUUUCGAUGAAUGGAUGCGCAGGUUUGUUCCAUCCAACGCCACCUAUCCGGAUGAGAUGGCUCCUAUUGGUCACAACAGGGACUACAAUAUGGUUCCUUUUUUCCCUCCSAUCACUAAUGAAGACAUCUACGUCACAUCGGAUCGGCUGGGAUACUCYUAUGCCAUUUCCCUCGAUGGUGAGUGA